GUGCAGGCUCAUGUGGAAAUGAUUCUUGAGAGGGCACUCAACCCAGAAGGCAGGAUAAUGAAAGACCGGUUUUUGCGUAGGGUAGGUACAUUCGGAACGCAGUGAUGCGUACGGCUCGCAGCGUAGCAACACUGGUGUUGCCUUACCGGAUCUACGUACCGAGUAUGCCAACCAUAUACAUACACGAAGAAGAUGCACCCGUUGUUUCUUCCCUUGAGAUAGAUGCACCCGUACGUGACCAUAUUGGACACGUUCAAUCUCUGCCACCUAUAAAACGCCCGAUCUUCGAACAGUUGGAUGUCAGUCACCUAGCAGACGUUCACAACUAUCAAAAUGUUCAAGGUCCUUGUUGCCUCUGCCCUCGUGGCUACCGUCCUCGCCGAUAACCCCAGACCCUACGAACCUGCCCCUUACAAACCCGCCCCUUACAAACCCGCCCCCUACAAGCCCCAUGCCGAAUACAAGGAUGAGGCUCCCCAGCCUUUCGCCUACCAGUACGGCGUCAAGGACGGUUACACCGGCGCUGACUUUGACAAGAAGGAGGAGCAGGAUGCUUAUGGUAACCUUCAAGGUGAAUACAGUGUCGCCCUUCCCGAUGGUCGCACUCAAAUCGUAACCUACACCGCUGACCACGUGAAUGGAUAUGUCGCUGAUGUCAAGUACGUCGGAGAAGCUUCCUACCCGGAGUAUAAACCCAGCCCCAAGCACGCCCCUGCUUACCAUGCCUAAGUGAAAUUGUACCUACUUAUGUUUUGUUAUAUAUUUAAAAAAGUACAAACCCUA